AUUCUCGUAAUCGAAGUUUCGGAGUGAACGUUGGAGUGAACGAGAUGUCGACCUCAUCUUUCUAUAGCUCGUCCGUUGCGCCUCACUCUAAUCCUAAUGGGGGAUGUUGCUUUUAUGAGAUAGUGCACAAACUGGCGUGGUGCCUCAUUUUGCGAAGGAUCAAAUCGUGUAUUCCGCCUCAAGUCCGGUGCGCUUGCUACGCCUGCCAAGUGUAUCAAAACCACGAAAAAAGACGUCGGGCGCAGGCACCAAUCAAGGAUAAAAAUGUCCAGCCGGGAGACAUCUUCCACGUUAGCGUCCCUGGUUCCUGUUGCGCGGAGGACGUCAUUUUCGGGAUGUCUAACCAGCACGUGUUCCAGCUCGACCGGUUGGGCCACAACAAGGCCAAAUUCAGCGUGAACCACAAGAAGUCAUGCUACCCCGAGUGUAAGAGCCGAACGAUUAAACCAAAAGAGGGCGUCACGCUCGUUCCUGUGGAGAAGGCAUUGACCCUCGCAAUACGGAUGUCAGCUCCUGGACUCUCUUUCCCUUUCGGGUCUCGGAGGUGCAACUCGGAUCACUAUAUGGACUAUCUAAGAUAUGGAAAAAGGAGUUUGAACAUGCUUUUUGUGAGCAGAGACUGCCCAGUGUUUGGAGAGAUCGACUAUCCCAACGCACCGGAUUUUAAACUCAAGGAUUAUUUUGGAAAUGAACAUCCCGUAGGGCCCCCUCUUCAACUCCCUCCUGCAGUCCCGACCGGUCAAGUGGGGGACGGUAUCCGUAAGGCUACAGCAAAGAUCAUAAAGCACGGGCAAGAAUGUCUCCCAUGUUUUGGGGGCAAUGGAUUUCCACCAUCCCCGUGA